AUGCAUCGAUUAUGGGACAAACUCAAAACAUAUCUACAAAAUCUCAAUCUGUUCCCGUCCAUGGAAUCCGUUACAGAUGCACAUCAAUUUCGAAAUGAAAUCAUUUCCACCCGAUUAUUUCUUGUUCUCUUCAUUCUAUCUUUGGCCAUUCUUCUUCUCUACACAUCCGUUGUGAAAAUCACGAAGACAGUCCACGUGCCAGUACCUUCCUAUGAAGAGUAUGCUCGUCUCAAUUCUUCAUAUUCUCAAACAUUAUCCUGUCCAUGUCAAAAUAUCUCGAUUGAUUACAGAGACAUCCUUCAUGUCAAUUAUACAUUACAUCAAUUUUGUACAAGUUUUUUCCUGUCGGAUGAAUGGUUUGAAUUUUUGUCUCCUACAGUAAUAGUUGGAAGCAUUGACCUUUUUGCGUAUGAUUUUCGAAACACACUCCCUUCUGCAUUACAAGCCAUCAAAAGCUUCUGUAACUUGAUUGAUCAGACAAUGUCGGAUAGUCUGAAUCGAUUCUAUUCGAAUCAAUUUGUUACCGCUUCUGUCAUACUCUAUGAUGUGUUCCAAUAUCAGGUUCAAGCGUUAAUCGAUCAAUUUCGAUUGUCAAUAAUUAAUGGCUUUUGGUCAUCGCUUACUAUGGUUCGAGAAACAACUCAAGGCAAUGCUUUGCUUUCGAACUUUCUCAUCGGUUACUCAAUAUAUAUCGAUCGAUUUACAAAUUCUUUAGUAAUAUCUUUGUCCCGAUUUGAUAAUCGUUGCAUUUGUUCAACUUCAAGUACUUGUGUCCGACAAUCUUCUAUUUACAUUUAUCCAGUCUCUAUGCCUCUAUUUACAGUACCGAAUUUCUACAUCGGAUGCUACGUAAUCGAAUCAUUACUUCAAUCAACACUUCAGUGCUUUUAUGAUCAAAAUUGUAUCGACACAGUUAUAUCGUAUGUGACAUAUUCUCCACCAAUCACAGUAACAGCUCUGAAUUCAUCACUUCCCAGUAGCUACUCAGUCAACACUACCUUCAAUGACAUUCUCCGAAACUUAAUGAUCGAACAGUGGAAUUCUUAUCAGACAAGAAAUGAUUUACUUUACAUCAUUACAACGUUGAUUGGGUUAAUUGGCGGUCUAUCAACAGGUCUGAGGAUCCUGGUACCAUUCGUUGUGAAGCUAAUAAGGCGAAAAAAGCGACAACAAAACUUAUCCAAUGUGUUAACUACUCGUGAACGAGUCAAUAUGUUGUAUGAAAAGUUAAAAUACUCGUUACAAAACUUUAAUCUGUUUCCGUCGAUUCCACCUUCAACGGAUCAGUACAAGCUUCGCAAUCAAAUCAUUUCCACCCGAUUAUUUCUUAUUCUCUUCAUUCUAUCUUUGGCCAUUCUUCUUCUCUACACAUCUGUUGUGAAAAUCACGAAGACAGUCCACGUGCCAGUACCUUCCUAUGAAGAGUAUGCUCGUCUCAACUCUUCAUAUUCUCAAACAUUAUCCUGUCCAUGUAAACAAGUCUCAAUUAGCUACAAAGCGAUUCUUGAUGUUAAUUACACAUUUCAUCAAAUCUGUACAAGUAUUUUCGUAUCUGAACAAUGGAUUAAUUCUAUACCUAAAGCUGAUCCGACAUCCAUCAAUCCAAAUGACUUCCGAAUGAGCUUCAUAUACAGAUUUCGUACACUCAAUGACUUCUGCACGUUGAGCAAUCAGGCGAUUUCGAAUGCUCUAAGUCAAUUUUAUUCAAGUCAAUAUAUUAGAUCAUCUGUCACACUUUAUAAGGUGUUUCAAUUACAAAUUCAAGCAUUGAUUACUGAGUUUAAACUCUUCACAAUCAAUGAUUUUCUGUCGUCUAUUUCGAUGAUACGCGAAACGACUCAAAGCAACUCUCUUACAUCAGGAACUUUGUCAAGUCAUGACCUUUUUACCGGACCAGACGGAUCUUCAGUUAGUACGGCGCAGCGUACCUAUGGCAAUUGCAGUUGCGCUCACUCGGCUCAAUGUACAGAAUCGACUUACAUUUGGGAUAAUUCUACCAAUUUGCCGUCGCUUUUGAUACCUGGUUUCAAUGUCGGGUGCUAUACAGUUGAAGCACUACUCAAAUCAACACUAGAGUGUCUUUAUGAUCAGAAUUGUAUCGACACUAUUCAAUUCUACAUGUCGGACAAACGUCCAUCGAACAUAACACCUUUGAAUAUUUCAUUAUCAAGCAACUAUCGCAUAAAUUCAACAGUAAACGAUCUUCUGAAAAACUUGAUGAUCGAACAAUGGAAUAUCAAUACAAUGCAUGAAAUUUAUUAUGAGCAAUGUCAACCAGUAGAAUGUGUUUAUAGUUAUGAGACGCAAAAUGCUCCUAUUUACAUAGUAACAACAUUGAUUGGAUUAGUUGGUGGUUUAGCAACAGUGUUAAAAUUGACUGUACCUUUGACAGUUAAGUUGGUGACAUAUUGCAUACGAAAAUGGAAAAUGAGACGAGUGAAUCCAAACAGCCGGAAUGAAGCACAAUAG